AGGCGCGACGCUUCCAAGUGGAGAAAGCUCGAUACAUCACAAAUUCGCCCACGAACCGAGCACACCCAGGACGGCUGGUACAGCACUAGCGCUGGAUGCGUGGGUGGCAAGAUUACGACCAUCACAGUUUGUGAACAUUCUGAAAGCGCCCACUGUGCCGCGCGACCCAAAAUGUCGAAGAUCGAUAAACUCUCGAUUUUGGGAGUUCGCUCCUUCGAUAACACGCGCAGCGAGACCAUCCAAUUCCAUACCCCUUUAACCCUGAUCGUUGGAUACAACGGAUCAGGGAAAACGACCAUCAUCGAAUGCCUGAAAUAUGCCACAACGGGCGACCUCCCUCCGAAUAGCAAAGGUGGAGCUUUCAUCCACGAUCCCAAGUUAUGCGGCGAGAAAGAAGUUCUCGCCCAGGUGAAACUUUCCUUCAAUGGCACCUCUGGCGCAAAGAUGGUUGCCACACGCAGCCUGCAGCUCACGGUCAAGAAAACCACGAGGCAGCAGAAGACACUGGAGGGACAGUUGGUCAUGGUAAAAAACGGCGAACGUGCAUCUAUCUCUUCACGAGUUGCAGAGCUGGACCAGAUCAUGCCCCAAUACCUAGGCGUUUCCAAGGCGGUCUUGGAUUCCGUCAUUUUCUGCCACCAGGAUGAAAGCCUGUGGCCAAUGAGCGAGCCAUCUGUACUCAAGAAAAGGUUCGAUGAGAUAUUUGAAGCCAUGAAGUACACCAAGGCGAUUGACAACAUCAAAGUCCUGAGAAAAAGGCAGAAUGAGGAGCUGGCCAAGUUCAAGAUCAUGGAGCAACAUGCUAAAGAAGACAAAGACAAGGCCGACCGAGCAGAGAAGCGAUCCGUCAAGCUUCAAGACGAAAUUGAGGCAUUGCGCGAAGAGACCCAGAAAAUGUCAAAAGAAAUGCGCCGGGUCGCGGAAUUGGCUGACAAGGCAUGGAGGGAAUCUGAGAGUUAUGCCCAGGUUCUUGGCGCCCUUGAGGGAAAGCGAAUUGAAGCGAAAAGCAUCGAAACGACCAUUGAUAACCUUAAACGACAUCUGGUGGAGCUGGAUGACUCCGACGAAUGGCUCGAAUCUACCCUCGAACAAUUCGAGACAAAACAAAUUCAGUAUCAACAACAGGAAGAAGCUCAGAAAGAGAACUAUAUGGACCUCAAGGAGCAGAUUGAACAAACCAGACACCGGCUAGGCUUGAAGCAGGCUGAGAACGGUAAAUACGAAAAUGACAAGGCGAAUUUUGAGCGACAGCUACAGAGGCGCCAAAAUAUGAUCACCGAGAUCGCUCGCGGGAACAAUAUUCGCGGAGUCGACGACAACAUGGACCAAAGCGAUGUUGAUGCUUUUAUGCAGAAGAUUCGACGUUUGUUGCGUGAUCAGAACCAGUCUCUUGACCGUCUGAAAAGAGAGGCACAAAAGGAACUUCGCGAAGUCCAAGAUAUUCUUAAUGACAUUGGUCAAAGGAAGUCUGCUCUUCAAGAAAGCAAGAAUGCCGCGAAGAGACAAAUUGCAGCAAACGACGGAGAGGCGGCCACGUACCAGAGAAAGCUCAAUGACAUUGACGUUGACGAAGGCAUACAAAGCUCUUUGGAAGCCAAGUCAGAGGACAUCACCACGAGUCUUGAUCAUGCAAAGAACCGAGCGGCUACUGCUUCCUGGGACCAAAAAAUCCAGGAUGUCAAUGCUCAAAUCCAGCAUUUAGAAGACGAGGGUCUGAAGCUGAACAACGAGCUGAUUGAGUCUUCAAAGAAGGCAAAGGAACUUGCUCAAUUAGAAUAUCUCAAAAAGGAUGCCAAGGAGAAGGAGCGAAGCCUGCAGACAAUGAAGGGGGCCCAUGGAGAUCGUCUUUCGAAAGUCGUCGGUGCGGACUGGCAACCUCACACUCUUGAACAGGACUUUCAGCAUGUUGUCGAUACCGAGACCAAGCAGCUGGUGGAUGCUGAGCGAGACCGUGAUGGCGUGAGCCGGGAGCUGGAGCAAGUAGAAUUCAAGCUGAAGAAUGCGAAAAAGGCCCUGAAGCAGCGCCAGAAAGACCUCGAUGACUAUGCAAAAGAAAUUCGCGAGGCUAUUGAGGCAGAGCCUACGGAGUAUCUUGAAACUCUCGAGAAACGCCAAGUCGAAUUCGACCUCGCCCGCAAAGAUGCCGACCAAUUUGCUGGAAUGGGUACAUACCUCAACAACUGUCUCGAGGCAGCAAGACAAGCCAAGACGUGUCGAACCUGCGCUCGACCAUUCAAAACCGAAUCAGAACUUCAACGCUUUACCAAGAAAUUGGAAGCCCUCGUGAAAAAAGCAGGCCUUGAUGCUGAAGACGAGGCUCUUCAAAGCCUCGAAGAAGAACUCAAGGUUGCGCGUGAGGCUAGUGCAGCAUAUGAUUCAUGGACUCGUAUCAAGGAGACCGAAAUCCCAGAGUUAGAGAAGGAGGAGGAAGAAUGCGAAACACAACGAGACCAACUUCUUGACAAGCUCGAUGGACAUGACCGAACAGUUAGCGAAAUGUCUGAAAGCAAGCGGGACGUUGAAGCCCUCAGCAAGACAGUCAGCACAAUCGUCAAAUACGAUACUGAGAUCAAGACAAACAUGUCGAAGAUCGAAGAGCUUGUGGCAAAGGAACAAGACAUUUCCAUGGGUCGUACUUCGGACGAUAUCCAGGAUGAGCUCAAGACUACGAACGAAAAGUCUCGUGAGCUAAAGAAAACCCUCACAGCCCUCACAGCCGAGAAGGAGCAGACGCAAUCUGAGAUUAACAAGCUGGAACUUCAGCUUAGAGACGUUCGUGAUCAGCUCAACAAUGCCAAGUUCCAACUGGAAAAGAAGGCGGAUCUGCUUGUCCGGGUGGAAGAAUACAAGAAACUCAACUCCCAGCAGCGCGAAAUUAUCGACAAGGCCGAAAAGGAUACUGAAAGUCUUUCGCCGGAGCUGCUGCAAGCUCAGACCCGCUAUGAUGAUAUCAGCCAACGGGCUGACACACGUGAACGGGAUCUGCAGCAUGAGAUCAAUCGUAUCUCGGAAAGUAUUCACCAACUCGAUCUCGCGAAUGACGAUAUCAAUUCAUAUAACGAGCGAGGUGGCCCAAGUCAGCUUGAACGGAGUAGUCGAGAGCUUACGCAGAUUGAAGCGGAGAUUACGAAGCUCGAGGCUGAGCAAAACGAGAUCACACGAGAGAUCAACAAGAUCUCUGCCCAGCUCAAGGACAGCGAGAACACAAAGCGGCAGUACUCGGACAACUUGACAUAUCGCCAGGCCACUCGGUCUUUGGGCACGGUUAUGGAAGAGGUUGGACAGCUCGAGGAGCAAAAUGCCGAGGUCGACCGCAGUCGAUUCAAGCAAGAGUCAGAACGUUGGACCCGUGAACACAAUGCUCUUGCUGCCAAACAAGCCAGCAAGAUGGGUGAGAUGAAGUCCAAGGAUGAUCAAUUGAUGCAACUUCUGGCAGACUGGAAUACAGACUACAAGGAUGCUUCAUCCAAAUACAAGGAAUCCCAUAUCAAGGUGGAAACCACGAAAGCCGCGGUAGAGGAUCUCGCACGGUACGGAGGAGCCCUUGACAAGGCAAUCAUGGCAUACCACGGACUGAAGAUGGAAGAAAUCAACUCUAUCAUCGGAGAACUCUGGCAAAAAACAUACCGCGGAACAGAUAUCGAUAUGGUUCUCAUUCGGUCUGACAAUGAGAAUGCCAAGGGCAACCGCUCAUACAAUUACCGGGUCUGCAUGGUCAAGUCUGGCGCAGAAAUGGAUAUGCGAGGCCGCUGCAGUGCGGGCCAAAAGGUCCUGGCCAGUAUUAUUAUCCGUCUUGCACUGGCAGAGUGUUUCGGCGUCAAUUGCGGUCUCAUUGCUCUUGAUGAGCCAACUACGAACUUGGAUCGUGACAACAUUCGCUCGCUUGCUGAGUCACUCCAUGAUAUCAUCCGUGCUCGACAGCAGCAGUCCAAUUUCCAGUUAAUUGUCAUUACACACGACGAAGAGUUCUUGCGCCAUAUGCAGUGUGGCGACUUCAGUGAUUACUACUACCGUGUGUCACGAAAUGAGAGACAAAAGUCGAUCAUCGAACGACAAUCAAUUGCCGAGGUAUGCUUAUAG